AUGAACGGAACGUCAACAAAGCGACGUAUGCGGUGUACACCAUGUCGUGAGGGAACACAGUGGCUGAAUAAAGUUAUGUGGCGUUUCGUGAAAGGUCGAGCAAAACCAGCCGAAAUCGAUGCGUUGUGGGAAAUCAGCAAACAGAUCGAAUCGCAUACCAUCUGUGCGCUUGGUGAUGCAGCAGCAUGGCCGGUACAGGGAUUGAUUCAAAAAAUCGCCACAAUGGAUUUAUGUGGCGAGCACUCCGGAAUGGAUACCCUAACGAUGCUCUGUGAAAGAUUGCGAUCCGAGAAAUUAUUGGUUGCCAGUGAAUUGGACACAUUGCAACGACUUAACGAACAGGUGGACAGUGAGCAGAGUGAUCUGGCACUUCUGACAUGGAUAUGCCGACAACAACAGACAGUUCUAUCACGUCUUAUCAAUUCACAUCCGGAUGUUCGACCCGAAAAUUGCUGCAUGUUGAUUGCGCAACUCGAUGGUACUCGAUUCGUUGCUGGCUAUCGUCGCAUUGAUGGACAGCAUUACAGCAGUGUUACCGAACUUUUAAACUUAUUGCUCAAUUCGCCCACUUUAGUUGCCGAAAUAUUGCACAAUAUCGAUCAAAUUUCCAAGGGCAACGAAUCGCCGUUUGCCGAGUUGGUGCCCUGUAUUUAUAGCUUGGUCUAUGGAUGUGCAGUAUUUCCGGAGGAUGAGCGUCGUGUUCUGGAAGUACUCUUUCAACUUUUGGAUAUUCAGCUAAUCUCUCAUUCGGAUCCACGAUUGGUGCUACGUCGUGGAAAUGCCUCAUUCUGUCAACUGUAUCGCUUAUUUUCGGAAGGAAUGUACUCAUCCAAGAUAUUCUUGACAGCAGCAUUGCACGAUCCAGUUAUGUUUGUUCUUUCGCAAGAUGAUCUUUUCCUGGAUAUCGAGCCAACAAAGACACUGAUUCGUUUUCCUCCCGAAGAACGAAGAAGACGUUUUGGCGAGGACGAGAAUUCUCUUUCAUUUUUGCAAAAACUUACUGCUCAUCGUCGUUAUAUUGAAUCAAAGUUGGUAACUAUAACUACUCGUUUCAUACAAGGUAUUUCUUACCACAUAUUCUUGACAGCAGCACUGCACGAUCCAGUUAUGUUCGUACUUUCGCAAGAUGAUCUUUUCCUGGAUAUCGAACCAACAAAGACACUGAUUCGUUUUCCUCCAGAAGAACGAAGAAGACGUUUUGGCGAGGACGAGAAUUCUCUUUCAUUUUUGCAAAAACUUACUGCGCAUCGUCGUUACAUUGAAUCAAAAUUGGUAACUAUAACUACUCGUUUCAUACAAGGUAUUUCUUACCACGUGUGA